CCCAUCUAGGGUUUAUACUCGCCCCUCUAAAUAUUUCUCAUUUGGCCGUUACCACACACCUCAACCUUUCACUCUCUCUUCACCGGCGCCGUCGCAAAGCCACCGUCAACCACCGCCGAUCGGAUCUACAACAAUGGCGCAACCUAAAGCUUUAUCAACAAAGGAAGCCGAUGUGCAGAUGAUGUUGUCUGCUGAAGUCCACCUCGGCACCAAAAACUGCGAUUUUCAGAUGGAACGUUACGUCUUCAAGCGCCGUAACGACGGAAUCUACAUCAUCAAUCUUGGAAAGACAUGGGAAAAGCUGCAGAUGGCUGCUAGGGUCAUUGUCGCUAUUGAGAACCCACAGGACAUUAUUGUCCAAUCUGCUAGACCAUAUGGUCAAAGGGCUGUGCUCAAGUUCGCGCAGUAUACUGGGGCUCAUGCGAUCGCCGGUCGCCACACUCCCGGUACAUUCACCAACCAGCUUCAAACAUCUUUCAGUGAGCCGCGUCUUCUCAUUUUGACGGACCCACGUACCGAUCACCAGCCCAUUAAGGAGGCUGCAUUAGGAAACAUUCCCACCAUUGCUUUCUGUGACACUGAUUCUCCCAUGAGAUAUGUUGACAUCGGUAUCCCUGCUAACAACAAGGGGAAACACAGCAUUGGAUGUUUGUUUUGGCUUUUGGCAAGGAUGGUUUUGCAGAUGCGAGGUGUGAUUGCUCAAGGACACAAGUGGGAUGUUAUGGUUGACUUGUUCUUCUACAGGGAACCAGAGGAGGCUAAGGAAGAAGAGGAUGAAUUGGCUGUAGCAGAUUACAAAGAUUACGGAGCCGGUGCCAUUGGAAUGGAUGAUCAAUGGUCAUCCCAGAUUCCCGAUGCACAAUGGGCCCCUGAUGUGGCCCAACCACCAAUUGCUGGUGCCCCAGUUGGUGCAGGCGGUUGGACCGAUGCUGAUGCUCCAGUAGCUGGUGCUGCUGAUGGAUGGGAAGCUGUGGCAGCACCUGUACCUGCCGCUGAGGGUGCCGCUGCUACUGGUUGGGAUUAAACAUGAUUUUGUCAACUCUUAUGUUAUUUUUGAAAUUUUAUUGAAGACCAGAGUACAAUGUUUUGAAGGAUGAGGAUAAUUUUAAGUUUGUGUCAGGUUGCAAAAUUUAGUAGGUUUUGGUAUCCGGAUGUUAUCAUGUUUUGUUGAAAUGGAUAUUGUUUAAGGGUUCUUUAAAUUUGUGGAACAUGCAAACUUGGCUUCUUUGCUGUUUUUACUUGAAA